GAGUUGAGCUCUUGGUUAUUAUAUUCUUUUUGAUUCUUUUUUCGAAUACUUUUGAGACCUUCUGCUUGAGUCUUUGGAGGUCUUCGAAUUUCCUCUUUCUUUUAGCCUUCUGGAUACAAAGUUCUGUCUCCUCCACCGAACAUACACAUACACACAAGGCACAGGGUUUCACGAAUAUCAACGGAUAUAGUAGAAGAAAAUACCCACAGUUAAGAUCGCCUUUUGCGCUCCUACGGCAAUCCAAGAUGCAUGCCCCUACAAGAAGUCUUUUCAAGCUCGCCGGACUUGCUGUUAUGGCUUUAAUUUCUGGCACCCACGGGCAUAGUUGGGUGUGUAUUCACCUCUUCUGAUCCUUAUUAAAGGGUAUACUAACAGGUGUGCUAGAUUGACGGCCUGAAAGUUGUCUCCGGUACUGAUGCCGGUCCUCCCCAAAACGCCACUUCCAUCAAAGAUGGCCCCCAAAGUGGGGUCCUUGGUUACAUCCGUGAUUAUCGUGGGCCCCCCACCCCGCUACCCACAUAUCAGGAAAUAUAUGCUAACAUAUCCUCUCCUAGAGGGCCACAUCGACGGACUUUCAGUAUACAAAGUCGAAACCCCAGGACUCGGCGUUAACAUCUGCCGCGACAGCCAGCGAUUCUCUAUCAACGGCUCCGCCCAAUUCCCGCCCUUAAAAGCAUCCCCGGGAGACUUCAUCCAAGGAACCUACCUGGAAAAUGGACACAUCUCCAAGCCCGACGCUCCUGACGGCACUCCAGGGAUGGUCUACUGGUUUGGAACCGCCAACGCAAACCCUCAAGACACCCUUGCGAACGUCAAGCAAUGGACCGUCGAUGGAAGGGGUGGCGAUGGGCGCGGAAGGCUCCUAGCGAAGCCUAGCAACUUUGACGACGGGAAGUGCGCCGAACUGAAUAGUACUCCGAUUUCUAGCGAGCGCAAAGCUGCUGGGGGCGGUGGAGCUUGCAAGAGUGUUUUCAAGCUUCCAGAGGAUGCCAAAGUGGGAAGUGCGUUCACGGUGUACUGGGUUUGGGAUUACAGCAAUCAUUUUGGUCCUACGAAGAAGGGGCAUACCGAGUGGUAUACCUCUUGCAUGGAUAUUCAAGUUGUCGCACCCAAAGGGAAGAGAUCCUGGAGUGGGUCGGCGAAGUUCAGGGGGAGGUUGUGAGCUGUUUCUUCCUUUCGUUUCCCCUUUUGACACAUACACAGUACUCUUCUGGUAUAUACUUGAUAU